GACAGCUCCUCCCAACACCUACCCCAAAGAGGAAGCAAAGUGGAAAGCCAGCUGGAGGAGAAAAUAUCUCAGCUCGUUCGGUGCAUCUCGGAGACGUCUGCCUGCGCUGCCCGCCUGCCCCAGCCGGUGUGGCCCACCCUGCCUUCUUGAUCGGGGCAGCCAGAGACGGGUGAGCACCCUGGGGAGGCCUGGGGGUGGGAGGGAAAGCCACUUAGCCCCCUCCCCAAACUUGGGCAAACUUUCCAGCAUCAUUGCAGCCCAAUUCAUAGAGGGCACCGGUCUCCACCUGGGUGAAAAGGCAGGGAAGCUCUGUAGAUCCUCUCUGUUCUCAGGGGUUCCUGCCUCUGUGUCCCCAGCGUAGCCUCUCAGAGCUUGCAAUGCACCAAGGGUGCCUUUGAGCCUGGUCCUUAGGGGGUUUCCCCUCUCUCUGUCAUCUUUUCUCCUCGCCUCGAUCGCCUGCUUUCUUUUUCUGUCCCAGUUGCCAAAAGGUCUCAGGCGUGGAGGGAAGGCUCCUUGCAAAAAGAGCAGCCACAGCCCAUGCAAUUUUCUAGUCCUCAUCGUGGCAGCUAAACCCACUGGCCAGACACAGUGGUGUGUGUGCGCGUGUGUGUGUUUGGAAAAUGCAAAAAAAGAGGCUUAGAACCACAGAUUCGUAUAAGCGAAGACUGGUGAUCGGCGGGGCAGUGUGGUGCAGUGGUUAGAGCGUUGGACCGGGACCUGGGAAGCCAGGCUUCAGAUCCCCACUGGGCUAUGAAGCUCGCUGGGUGGCCUGGGGCCAGUCACUGCCUCUCAGCCAAACCUACCUCACAGGGUUGUUGCGGGCAUUAAUUGAGGAGGGAGGAAACCGUGGAUGCUGCUGUUGAAUUCCGUAGAGAGAAAAAAGGGAUGUGAAUGCCAUAAGUAAAUAAUACUCACCCUUUUAGCCAUUCAGCGUUUCCCCCGUCAAGGCUCAAGACCACAAGAUGUUUUGCUCGCGGCGUGUUGACAUUGUCCGAUGAUGCAAAGGCUCCAUUCUAAGCUGCAGUAAUUCAGAGCAGUUUAAGCAUCACGGCAUUCUAGCCAGGCUGCUUUUAUUGCAGGCAGAAAUGGAAAAAGUGCAACCUUUCCCCGCACGGCCUGUGUCUCAGAAUAGUGCCUUGCGUGGCGCAGCUGGGAAAGGGCAGAGCUUUGCGCUUGAGGAUGAGUUGAUACGUCAGUGCUGCUUGCUCUCGUUUUUCCUACUCUUAGGAAAGUUUGGCUCUCCACAUUUCUGCACUUGUUUGGGACUCGUCCGGGAGAAAGCCAUCAGUGUUACAGUGCAAAUUUCCUUGACCUGGUCUUCCAAAUAUACACCUUCAAAAAGCAUUAUUUAUUUACUUUAUACAAUUGAUUAUGCCGCUUGAUUGUAAAACAAACAAACCCUCAAAGUGGUUUGCAAAAAAAGGAUAAAGCAAAAAUAAUAAUAAGAAGAAGAAGAAUUAACAACCAUGAUUUAGGAUUUGGGGAAAGUUAAUAAGCUAAAAACUGGUGAAGACUCGCACCAACUUUCUAAAUAUCUAUGUGUUUGUAUCUCGUUUCCCUAAAUUUUUGCAUUUUCCCUGUAAUAUAAUGUGCUUUGUAUAUGUUAUCUUCUCCAAUAUGAGCACAUAUACCCUUACCAGAUGUGUUUUUGUACUUGGUGGGAGAACUGCUUUGCAAAGUUCAGAGAGCUUUUCAAGAACGGCUGCAUUGCUUCAGAGGAAAAAAAAAAAGAAGUUUAGCUUUAAAUGGGAACUGAAUUGAAUUCAUCCUUCCUCCCUCCUUGCAGAGUCAUUCUAUGCAUGUUUACUCUGAGCAAAGGGCUUAUAGCUCAGUUGGUUAGAGCGUGGUGCUGAUAUUGCCUGGGUUGCAGGUUCGAUCCCCAGACGGGACAGCUGCAUAUUUCUGCAUUGCACGGGGUAGGACUAGAUGACCGUCAGGGUCCCUUCCAACUCUUAUGAGCUCUCCCUGUCUCCGGAGCUUUUCCUGCGAAAACCCGCUCUUUAAUGCUAAAGCACAACAAACGGCGAUUUUGGCUUUCUGUGUAUUGCUGUUUGUUCCAAUUCUGCAGUAAAGAGCAGAUUUCUGUGGGAAAAUCUCUGGAGCUUAAAAAAAUCAAAAUGAAAGAGAAGUCGGACAUGGAGCUUUAAAACACAGACCACACCUGGAAAAUGUGGAGGAAGCGUACCUGCGGACGAGCCCCAAGCCCUCCCUCCUGCUCCCUCCCUCCUGGGAAGUAUGCUUUUCGGCGUGAAAAGGUGCUUAGAACAGAUCCGCUCCAGAACUCUCAUUCUUGUAAUUCAGGCUAGGACUGGUUCAGAUAUGGCUCACUUGCCAGAGGUUGAGUGUCAGAAGAUUUGGGACAGUUUAAAAAGGUGCUUCUUCGGGCAGUGCAGAGUUAGACUAUGGAACUCCCUGCCACAGGGAUGGCCUGGAUGGCUUUAAAAAGAGGAUUAGCCAGACUCAUGAAGGAGAGGGGCAUUGAUGGUUCCUAGCAAUGAUAAUAAUAAAUAAUAAUAAUACAGUGGUACCUCGGGUUACAUACACUUCAGGUUACAGACUCCGCUAACCCAGAAAUAGUGCUUCAGGUUAAGAACUUUGCUUCAGGAUGAGAACAGAAAUUGUGUGGUGGCGGCAGUGGGAGGCCCCAUUAGCUAAAGUGGUGCUUCAGGUUAAGAACAGUUUCAGGUUAAGUACGGACCUCCGGAAUGAAUUAAGUACUUAACCCGAAGUACCACUGUAGUAAUAAUAAUAAUAAUAAUAAUAAUAAUAAUAAUAUAGCCACAAUGGCUCUGCCCUGCUUCUAUGGUCAGAGGACCAUCUAAGACUACAGAAGGGGGAAGGUGUUGUUCUUGUGCUCGGAUCCUGCUUCUGGGUUCCCCUAUAGGGCAUCUGCUUGUCCACUGUGAGAACAGGAUGCUGGACCAGGUGGGCCGCUGGCCUGAUCCUGGCAAAGGCUUCAGAAAGCAGAAUUGUUGCCGGCUCCUGUUACCAGUACUUAACUAACAGUCUGCGUCAGUGCUGGGCACUUUUCCAUGUUCCUGUGCAAACGGCAAAGUUAAAAACAAAACAGCGGGUUCCAGUCUUGACAUCCACCCCCAGGUUAGGAAUGUGUGGCAUUUUGCCUCCUGGAAAAACCUGCCUGGAUUCCCACCCUUUCUCUUUCUCUUUUCCAAGGACCUCGAAGAUGAGGCUGAAGGUAUUCUGGAAGGUGAAGGAGCGCUGGAAGAGAUUUGAGGGCGCCCGCAGAAUCCUCUGCGCCAGCAACGCUCCAGGAGCAGGUGAAUGGUCUCUGGUAACGUCCCUGUGGUGGGAAAAAAACAGCAUGGAACCCUAAGGCAGGGGUCAGCAAACUUUUUCAGCAGGAGAAAUCCCUCUUCCCAGGGAACUCUGGGAAAUGUAGUUCUGUGAAAGGACUCCUUGGCACUCCUAACGAACCACAGGUCCCAGGAUGCUCUGGGGGAAGCCACAGACAGGGGUCAGCAAACUUUUUCAGUAGGGGGCCGUUCCACUGUCCCUCAGACCUUGUGGGGGGCUGGACUAUAUUUUUGGGGGGGGGAAUGAACAAAUUCCUAUGCCCCACAAAUAACCCAGAGAUGCAUUUUAAAUAAAAGCACACAGUCUACUCAUGGAAAAACAUGCUGAUUCCUGGACCGUCCGCAGGCCGGAUUUAGAUGGCGAUUGGGCCACAUCCGGCCCCCGGGCCUUAGUUUGCCUACCCAUGCCCUGAGGAAUAAUCUUGGCCUGGCGGUCCACACCCAGGACAAUUGUGUACUUAAUCUGAGCAUCCACUAUUCCCCCGGCAGACGCCUGUGACAGCUGUGUGGCAGGCGGAAAUCCAACAGGGGAAGCCCCUCCCCUUGCCACACCUCCACGUGGGGAAAAGGCUGGUUCAGGCCUCUCGGAGACUCGCCAGGUUGCUGAGGAUAGGAGCCGCCGGCCGUGCAAAGUUGUGCCCACCUCUUUGGGGGUUGCUGGGGGCAUGUUGCAGUUGGAUCAGGGCCUUUCCUUGAGUAGCCAUGUGUGUUGCCUGCUCUGCAUUUGCGCAGCCAUGUGCACCGCACGGUUUGCAUAAUAUGUGCGGCAAGGCCCUGCGCAUCAAAGCGUUUGGUGGAAACUGCCCCCUGAGUUCAUCCCCUGUGGGAGCCACAACAGCUCUAGCAUGGGGAAGCAGCGAUAAAAUAGGAUGCGGGUGUUGUAAACAAAAUCUGCCCUUCUUCCCUUAUGGGGUAUCCAUGAGCCUGUACAGAGUCCUUAAGUGGGUUCCCUAUCGGUAGGAGAAAAUAACAGAGGCCAACCAGAAAAUAUUGAGAAGCAAAGCAGCUAGUAAGCUUGAUCUUUAUUAAAGCUAUUGCAACAGAGUGCUCCCCUCACACGCAGGAGGAGGGAGGAGGACCCAGAACCAAGGUGUGCCUGCCCUUAUUUUAAUUUUAAAUUCCCUGCCCUGGAGCUCUAGACCACCCCUCCAUAUAUUAUACAUACAUCGCGGAAGGGGUGUAACUCAAGACCACUCCCCACAAACAUCAUACCUACAUCACAGAAAAGGUGGUCUACAACAGAAAUUUGAAUGUUGUUGUUUUUCCUGUCUGCUAGGUUAUCUGAUAAUGCCUUAUCUGAUUGCCUUUCCUGGUAGUCUGGCCAUUCUUUCGAAAUGGUAAUUACAGUGGUACCUCAGGUUACAGAUGCUUCAGACUCCGCUAACCCAAAAAUAGUACCUCGGGUUAAGAACUUUGCUUCAGGAUGAGAACAGAAAUCGUGCUCCGGCGGCAGCAAGAGGCCCCGUUAGCUAAAGUGGUGCUUCAGGUUAAGGACAGUUUCAAGUUAAGAACGGACCUCCAGAAUGAAUUUUCACCUCCUCCCUCCUUGCAGAGAAACAUUUGGUCAGUUUGGGAGUCAAAAUGGUUUCAGGGCUGUUUUCCUGUGCUGCUUCAGACAUGCGGUCCACACAUCUAUGUACGUGCUUGGCUGGCACAUCUAUGAACAUUUAUUAUAUAUCUAAGACCUUAAAUUUCUUAUAAUCCUGGGUCACGGUGUCAGGAUGGCAGCUGCCUGCUUGGAGGUCGCUCAUUUGCAAACAUUUGGCCCUGUACUUGUGGAGCAUUCCAGCGCCUCUUCUCCUCUCCCGCCCCGAAUCAAUAAACACAGUGUCUGCCUGAAGCGAGAAAUGGCCAGCAAGCCGCCAAGGAGAUUUAAACAAACAUUUUCCUGUCUCUGUAGCUUACGAUGCAGCCCGGUGGGAAAUGGAGGCUUUCUUGAGGAGGAGGAGGCCUCUGAAUGGGGCCCGCCGAUGUUCUGGAUUCCCUGCUGGCUUUCUGGGGGCCCAAGGAAGGCCCCCCGCUUCCCUGGAGAAUCGCACCCAUCUCCAGAAAGAGCUGCAGGUAACUCUUCCGUCCUUUCAGCAGAAAGCAGGAUCUUAAAAUUUGGGCAGCUGCUGUGGGAGACUUCUGGGAUGUGCCGUUUUGACCGUCAGUCUAAUCCCACGGUCUUAGGGGGGUGCUGCGUCUGACCCCCGUAUGUGGCUGUGCAGCCUCCUUCAAAGAGGAUACAGUGGUACCUCGGGUUACAUACGCUUCAGGUUACAGACGCUUCAGGUUACAGACUCCACUAACCCAGAAAUAUUACCUCGGGUUCAGAACUUUGCUUCAGGAUGAGAACAGAAAUUGCGCGGUGGCGGCAGCGGGAGGCCCCAUUAGCUAAAGUGGUGCUUCAGGUUAAGGACAGUUUCAGGUUAAGUACGGACCUCCAGAACGAAUUAAGUUCUUAACCCGAGGUACCACUUUAGUCCUCUAUUUUAAAGCCAUCAGAAGACAGGCCAUCCGUUUUGAAGAUAAUGAAUAUCACUAAUCAUUAAAAACUUCCUUGUACAGGCGUACCUUGAAAGACAAACAGCUCAGUUCUCGGACGUUUUGGCUCCCGAGCGCCGCAAACCUGAAAGUGACUGUUCCGGUUGGCGAACUAUUUUUGGAAGCCAAACAUCCGAUGGGGCUUCCGAUUGGCUGCAGGAGCUUCGGGCAGCUAACCGGAAGCCACGCUUUGGUUUUGGAAGUUGAACGGACUUCCGGAAAGGAUUCUGUUUGACUUCCGAGGUACGACUGUACAGGACUGCCUUCGGAUGUCUCCUAAAAGUCAAAUAGUGAUCUCCUUGGCAUCUGAAGGGAGGGUGCUCCACAGGGUGGGCGCCACCACCGAGAAGGCCCUCUGCCUGGUUCCCUGCAACCUCACCUCGCAGGGAGGUAACAGCCAGAAGACCCUCGGAGCUGGACCUCAGGGCUGAACGAUGGGGGUGGAGAUGCUCUUUUCAGUAUAUAGGGCCGAAGCCCUUUAGGGUCAGCACCAUAAACCCUCAGACGUAGAGGAUGGGUGGGUUGGCCAUAAAGCUCUGUCUCGCAAAUAGAAGCUUCUAGAGAACUUGUGCCUCAGGCUAAAGAAUUUGCAGCACCCAGCUGUCUUCAUCCUGUCCUGGUUUGCACCACCCCAUUAAGGAAUGUUAAGCUCACACUGGUUUCACGUGUGACGCUCUGUCAGCAAAGGCUGGACCAUUAGAGAAACGAGACUAUGAUCCAGCCUGCCUUCUUACAACCAGCUUCCUCCAGCCUUAGUCUUUUCGUUGCUCCUUGGGGAGGAAGAGGACGGGGUCGAAUCUAGACUUAGUUGGCUCCAACGGCCGUUUGCCUCUGGCUCCCCCUACUGUUGGCUCCCUGCCUCCUGCCCAGCCAUCCCUUUGGGAGUUAAAGGUAAAGGUAAAGGGACCCCUGACCAUUAGGUCCAGUCGUGGCCGACUCUGGGGUUGCGGCGCUCAUCUCGCUUUAUUGGCCGAGGGAGCCGGCAUACAGCUUCUGGGUCAUGUGGCCAGCAUGACUAAGCCGCUUCUGGCGAACCAGAGCAGCGCACGGAAACGCCGUUUACCUUCCCGCUGGAGCGGUACCUAUUUAUCUACUUGCACUUUGACGUGCUUUCGAACUGCUAGAAUCAUAGAAUCAUAGAGUUGGAAGAGACCACAAGGGCCAUCGAGUCCAACCCCCUGCCAAGCAGGAAACACCAUCAGAGCACUCCUGACAUAUGGUUGCCAAGCCUCUGCUUAAAGACCUCCAAAAUGUUGGAGGUUGGCAGGAGCAGGGACAGCAACGGGAGCUCACCCCGUUGCGGGGAUUCGAACCGCCGACCUUCUGAUUGGCAAGUCCUAGGCUCUGUGGUUUAACCCACAGCCCCACCCGCAGCCCCCUCUAUUUCUUCACCCCUCGCUGAUAACCUCUGGCCCACAUGACGCAGAGGGGCUAUCUGGCAGAUCUACUGCAGCCACCUCCCAGUUUCCACUGAAAGCAUCUUGUUCGUCCAGUCCCUCAUACCUCCCUCUGGACUUAACUUUUAGCCCACGAAGGAUCAAGAGGAGAGCCACUGCAGGAGACGGCCGGCCGAGUCCAGCAGCGAAGAAGGAACCCUAAUGGCUUCGUACAAGGUCCAAGUGGCAACCGGGACGUUCUGGGGCUCGGGGACAUUCGACACCGUCUCCAUCACCCUGGUGGGCUCGAGGGGCAGCAGCCCCAAACAGACGUUGAACAACACGGGAAAGGACUUCGCCCCCGGAGCGGUGAGAGGAUCUUCAGAGGUGGACUUUGGGGUGGAGGGAGGCAGGGACUUUGGGGGGGCUGAGAAGGUCGCCUCUCCACUGUAAUUCUUUUUAUAUAUGUAAAUAAUUUUUAUUAGUUUUCCAUUUAACAAUAUAUAACCACAUCAUUAUUAUCUGAAGGAGCGUCUCCGCUCCCAUCAUUCUGCCCGGACACUGAGGUCCAGCGCCGAGGGCCUUCUGGCGGUUCCCUCACGGCGAGAAGCCAAGUUACAGGGAACCAGGCAGAGGGAGUUCUCGGUGGUGGCACCCGCCCUGUGGAACGCCCUCCCACCAGAUGUCAAAGAGAACAACAACUACCAGACUUUUAGAAGACAUCUGUAGGCAGCCCUGUUUAGGGAAGCUUUUAAUGUUUAGUAGGUUAUUGUAUUUUAAGGUUCUGUUGGAAGCCGCCCAGAGUGGCUGGGGAAACCCAGCCAGAUGGGUGGGGUAUAAAUAAUAAAUUAUUAUUAUUAUUAUUAUUAUUAUUAUUAUUAUUAUUAUUAUCCACUUUACCUCUCUGGCUCUCUAGAGCAGGGGUUGGCAAGGUUUACCUCGCCUGGGCUGGCUCACUCCCUCUGUGAGCCGGAUUGCACCCACGAUUUCCGGUGUCUGUGUCUGCACGCGAUUUCUGGCACCACGGAAGCAAAUCCCUGCGGGGACUCACUGAGCGGGCAGCUCAGUUUGGGGGCGGCUCGUGGGCCAGUUAAACGACCCCCGUGGGUCGCUUGUGGCCCUUGGGCCUUAGGUUGCUGACCCCUCCUUUAGAGCCUGUCCCCUUCCUUCCCUCCCACCUCAUAGAUUUCAGAAUUAACCUUUAUAUCAUAGCAUUCUAUACGUUUUCCAAUUCUAAUUACACUCAUUAUGAAAUUUAAAUAAAUAUAAAAAGGAAAAAAAUUAUCAUUACAGUGGUACCUCGGGUUACAUACGCUUCAGGUUACAGACCCCGCUAACCCAGAAAUAGUGCUUCAGGUUAAGAACUUUGCUUCAGGAUGAGAACAGAAAUCGUGCUCUGGCGGCACGGCGGCAGCAGGAGGCCCCAUUAGCUAAAGUGGGGCUUCAGGUUAAGAACAGUUUCAGGUUAAGUACGGACCUCCGGAACGAAUUACCGGUAAGUACUUAACCCGAGGUACCACUGUACAAGUCUCCAGACAACCCUUCUAGUGAUGUUAAUUGCUUACAAUGUUCUUUCAAAUAUUGUAUAAAUUUAUUCCAGUCCUUCUGGAAUAUUUGAUCAUGCCAGUUUCGGAUUUUUCCUGUCAAAUUCGCCAGUUCUGCAAAGUCCAUCAUCUUCAUCUGCCACUCUUCUUUCAUUGGUCCUUCUUGUAGUUUCCGUUUAGAAUUCCACCUUUCAGUCUCUUCCUUUCUUUUUUCUCUGCCCAUUUUUAGCAAUAUAAUACAGUCCAAUAAUCAACUGCUACGUUAUUUAAAAUCCCUCUCUUUUAACUCUCAAUUCCCCCCGUUGCUGUUUGAGUCAGUGGGACAGUGGUAGCAACGGCAGUACUGUCUUUAAAAUCUCCUUUUCCCACUGAGCCUUGUGCCUUUUCUUCUGUGUUGCAGUCAUGUACAGUGAGAGUAAUUCCCACGGUUUUCCUAUCUGGCCCCCUGGGGUCUAAUCUCCAAUAUCCAGUCGGCAGGCUUUAGUCUUAUACUGUAUUUUUUGCCCUAUAGGACGCACCGGCCCAUAGGACGCACCUAGUUUUUUGGGGGGGAAAUCAAGGGAAAAUUUUUUAUUUCCCUCCCAGGUUUGCGCAGCCAUCCCCAAGCUGGAAGAGAGAGACGGAGCGCUCCGUCUCCCUCUUCUGCCUUCAGGGACAGCCUCUCUAGCCUCCGUGGGGCAGCGGCUUGCCCCGCUGUCCCCCGAGCUUGUGGGGCUGGCGGGGGGGAGAAGCAAGCUUGCUUCUCCCCCUCGCCAGCCUCCAGACCAGGUCGAGGAAUAGCGGGGUGGCGGCGCUGCGCCUCCCCACUGUCCCCCGAGCUUUUGGGCUGCAGGCUGCUGCCCGCAAGCCUUGCGAGCCCACGGGACAUCCUGCCGGGCUUGCAAGACUUGCGGAUAGCUUCCUGAAGCCUGGAGAGCGAGAGGGGUCGGUGCACACCGAUGCCUCUCGCUCUCCAGGCUUCAGCGAAAGCCUGCAUUCGCCCCAUAGGACGCACACACAUUUCCCCUUCAUUUUUGGAGGGGAAAAAGUGCAUCCUAUAGGGCGAAAAAUACGGUAUAUCCCCCAAUUAGCAAAAGUUAGGGGGUAAAACAAGCUGGACACUUUACUGCUGCUCGAAGGCUUCUGGUUUUUUAAUAAAAGUAUUUUUGAACAUUUUCUUUAACUCAUUAUCUAUCAUUUCCCAAAAAGCCUUUACCUCUCUACAAGUCCACUACAUGCAGUAAACUUAACACCUUCCUUCUGCAACCUCCCCCAAGAUUCUAGCUGAAUAUUAUAUCCAAAAUCUUUAGCCCACUGUAUCACCACCCCUUUAACCUCUUCAUCUUUAGUACGCCAUUCCAGUAAUAGUUUAUACUACAGUUUAAUAAUAGUUUAAAUGUAGAAUGUAUAAAAUGUCUACACUGUAAUUCUUGACUUGCAAAGCAGCAGGAGCAUAGCUGUCAACGUUUCCCUUUUUUAAAGGGAAAUUCCCUUAUUCCAAAUAGGAUUCCUCGCAAGAAAAGGGAAAAGUUGACAGCUAUGAGCCUUGACUCUUCCUGCCUCUCACUUCACAUUCCAUGUGAGGUGUUCGGCUGGAGGGGCUUGCUUUGACUAAAACAGCCCCACGGCCAAAAUUGAGGGAGUCCACAUGGGCCAAAAAUAGGCCCACGGACCAGAGCUGCUUUAACAGAUCCAUAAUCAAACAGGUGAAGUCCUGCUUCCUGGUGUCGUGGCGAAUCAGCGGCUGUCCCGUUUCUUUCCGCAGGUGGAUGAAUACAAGGUGCCCAGCGAUGAGGAGCUGGGCCCGAUUCUGCUGGUCCAGCUCCACAAGGAACCCUACCUCUUCUUCCCCGAGGAUAGCUGGUACUGCAACUUUGUCCAGCUCGUCACCCCACAGGGAGAGACGUACCGCUUCCCCUGCUACCAGUGGAUUGAGGGGUACACGACCCUGGAGCUGAGAGAAGGGACAGGUGAGGUGCUUGUAGCAUCCCUGCAGAGAAGCCCUUCGCUGGGACGGCGACACAGGGCCAACUCUCCCAGGUCACCAAGUCCCUUCUGCCGGGAAUCACAGGGAUAGUGUCAUCAUCCCACCCCAUUGGUUAAUAAUAAUAAUAAUUUAUUAUUUAUAUCCCGCCCAUCUGGCUGGGUUUCCCCAGCCAUAUCUAUUAAACAUUAAAAGCUUCCCUAAACAGGGCUGUCUUCAGAUGCCUUCUAAAAGUCAGAGAGUUGUUUAUUUCCUUGACAUCUGAUGGGAGGGUGUUCCACAAGGCGGGAGCCACCAUCGAGAAGGCCCUCUGCCUGGUUCCCUGUAGCUUCACUUCUCGCAGGGAGGGAACCGCCAGAAGGCCCUCGGAGCUGGACCUCAGUGUCCGGGCAGAACGAUGGGGGUGGAGAUGCUCCUUCAGGUAUACUGGGCCUUUGAGGCCGUUUCGGGCUUUCAAGGUCAGCACCAACACUUUGACUUGUGCUCGGAAACGUACUGGGAGCCAAUGAAGGUCUUUCAGGACCGGUGUUAUGUGGUCUCGGCGGCCGCUCCCAGUCACCAGUCUAGCUGCCACAUUCUGGAUUAGUUGUCGUUUCCGGGUCACCUUCAACGGUAGCCCCACGUAGAGCGCAUUGCAGUAGAUAACUAGAGCAUGCACCACUCUGGCCAGACAGUCUGCGGGCAGGGAGGGUCUCAUCCUGCAUACCAGAUCGAGCUGAUAAACAGCUGCCCUGGACACAGAAUUGACCUGUGCCUCCAUGGACAGCUGUGAGUCCAGAAUAUGUAUCGUAUGUGAACUCCUGGAGGUGGCUGGCAUCUGUCAGGCCACUUCCCUCCAGAAAAUAAUUCCAGACUGUGGCCCCGAAGACAGUGCUGGGGGGGCUGGGGGCAUUUGAGCUCCUGGGAAGGUUCGUAACUCAGAGGAAGAGUAUUGCUUUGCAUACAGAAGGUCUGAAGUCCAACCACCGAGAUGCCAAAUAUUGGGAGGGGUCAAACCCUAUAAAAACCCCUAAGUCUGUUGUAAAUACAGUGGUACCUUGGUUUACGAACUUAAUCAGUUCCGGAAGUCUGUUCUUAAACCAAAGCAUUCUUAAACCAGGUUUGUCUUCCUGAUUUGAUCCUGCCUUGUCAUACGGGGCUGCAGUUGGAGAUCUGGAUCUAUGCAUUUAAAUGAGCCUCCCACCUUCCUCUUAUCCACUAGGCAGUUAGGGGAUAUGGGCCACAAAUGUAGUCCCGCCGACGUCUCAUUGUGUUCAUUCUUCUUGACCAGUCUGCUUCUGAGUAUGUCUAGUCUAUCCAAGAUUUCGAUUUGAGCUGAGGGCUGCAAUGACCAGAAACGGUUUAUUAAGGCGUAUUCUUCCGCAGAAACGGAGUCCUCGCUGUCUCUUGUAGGAGGCUGAAUAUCACGGCGGGAUGUAUCUUUCAUUUUUAAAAUUGGCGGAUCUUGUUUGUGAUGGUCCGGCUGGCUCAUUUGGGAUCCGUUUUGUUGUUUAGGUUUUUCCCCUUUUUGAUCCUCUGUUCCUAGCAUCCUAUCACCCCUGGGAGCCACAAGGGGAGCUAUUGGUCUUAAACCAAGGUGAAGUGAAGGCAUGAGGUGGGAGUUGGUAAUGCAGGUGAGCUGUGCACAGGCAAGCUGCCAGCUAGCUCUGCUGAGGCUCUUUUUAUUAGCACAAUAUGCAAAAUCAGUCAGAUACAUUUUGGACUGUGACCUUUACAUAUCUUCCAGUCCCGAGAUCAAGAGGUGGUACAAAGUUAUUCUGGCACCUGUUUCCACCGCGUCACUCUCCUCUUGCACAAUGUAUGACGAAGCAGACAAAUGUCACAGACGGCACGGCAGACCACUAAGAGAGCAAAGGUUAGAUAGAGGGCAUGAUGUUCAGACAGCUGUGGCUUUGUCUGUGGGUGGAAAUGUGCUCCACACCCAGUGGACAUUCCUUCACCAAGGCGUGGUUUCCCAUAGCAGUGGGGGACUCAAUUUACAAAAAUUUACAACAGGAAGCAGAACGUGUUCUUAUUCCAAGGCAAAGUUUGCAAACCAAAACACCUCCUUCCGGGUUUACAGCAUUCUUAAUCCAAGUUGUUCAUAAACUAAGCUGUUCUUAAACCAAGGUACCACUAUAAAACUCAGGACCUGGGAGGAGAUGAAGUCCGGCCAUUUAUUGAUCCGUCAGGGUAUGUUCCUCCAGGUCCCGACCCCCUCCUCAUGGCAAGAGGGGGUAUUUAUAACUUUUUCACAAAGCAUUCUAAUUUCAUCCAGUCACGUACAUUAUUGCCUCACUCAAGUUGUUAGAUGCGUUUCAGGUUAGUACGCUUGCGCAAUGAGCAUCGGCUGUUUCUGCUGACACAGCUUUGAUUCCCACCCAUGGCCUCCACACUGUUGCAAAAGCCCCUGUGGUUUAUGGGAACCUGCGUUCUGUGUAGCCAUUUGCGUUCUGCUGUGUGCUGUGUUCCUUCUUGUAGCAACUUACAUUCUAGCUUUGUGCUAUAUAUUGUGAUUUACAAAUUAGCUGUAUUUCUGCCCCGAACUUGCAGAAUCAACAGUUUCUUAAGGCAGCAGUUUCUUAAAGCCACUACCAUAAUUUCCCUAUUAGCCGCACACUCAGGGUUUCACAGGGGUACACAUAUUGUGGCCCUUUGUGCCACCCCCACACCGGUAGGGCUGGGAAUGUCUCUCCCCUCCCCCCCCGCCGCCUAAAACCUUGGGGAACAAAGUUUGCCGGGCUGUGUUGUUGACACGAGGCAGAGCGAUGGGUUUGACCAGUGCUGGAUUUACGUAUAAGCUAAACGAGCUAUAGCUCUUGGGGGCCCCAAAAAAAUUUAAAGGAAAAAACCCCCUGUACACUUCCAAAAUAUAAGAUAAAAAACAAAUAAAAUAAAACCUACAUAUAGCAACAGUGUUCUGUGUUGUGUAGGCUCCUAUGAUGUAAGUCACGGGCCCCGCCUGCGAGCCUGCUCCCUAAAAUAUCACUGGUUUGUUCAUUUCUAUAUAUAGGGUGCCUACAUUCUGCAUGGACUGGUUUCAGGGCAACAUGUGCAAAUGGCUUUAGAUACCUGUUAGGUCCAUCAAUGACCAUAUAGCAUAUAUUCAACACAAAAAACAGUGACAAUUUGUUGUUGACAAAGGACAGCUGGACAUAUAAAAGGCCCCAUUACCUUCAGUAGCUUAGGGUCUCAUCAAACCUAAAUCCAGCCCUGGUCUUCACUUGGUACAAGGGAGCUUUCUGUUGUUUCUGCGCACCGUUUACAUUUCCCACAAUGCCAUGGGGUGAGAGAGCAACUCUGGGGCAAAAUUAAAAGGGCGCCAAGAUCUGCUCAGAAUGACACCCGUCUUGCCCAUUGCAAGGUGGUUCUUUUAAACUGAGAUUCAGAAGUACAGUGGUACAUUGGAACUCAAACGUAAUCUGUUCCGGACAACCGUUUGACUUCCGAAACGUUCCGAGGCGCUGCUUGACAGCUAGGUUUUUGAACAGAGGAAACCGCAUUGGACGUUUGUGUUCCAAGGAAUUUUCAAAAACCGGAGCACUUACAUCCUGGUUUUCGGUGUCUAAACGGAGCCAUUCGAGUUCCGAGGUACCACUGUUGUAAACAAAAAUUGCCCUUUUUCGCUUAUGGGGUAUCCAAGAGCCCAUAUAGAGUCCUUACAUAGGUUCCCUAUUGGUAGAAGAAGAUAACUGAGGCCAACCAGAGAAUAUUGAGAAGCAAAGCAGCUAGUAAGCCUGAUCUUUAUUGAUCUGUUGCAACAGGGUGCUCCCCUCACACGCAGGAAAGGAGGAGGACCCAGAAAAAUGGCGUGCAAGGUCUUAUAAAGACUUUUGAAAUUGACACCCUGUAGAUCAAGACCACCCCCAGAAACAUCAUACAUACAUCACAGAAGGGGUGUAACCUAAGACCACCCCUCAGAUACAUCAUACCUACAUCACAGAAAAGGCAGUCUUAAAACAGAAAUUUGAAUGUUGUUUUUCUCUUGUCGUUGUUUAUCUCUUGUCUGGCAGGUUACUUGAUUGGAUUGCCUGGGGAGCCUGGCCAGUCUUUUGUAAUGAUAAAUACUUAGUUCCUGGACCAGGUCACAGGCUCACACCCUAUUCAUAUUUUAAAUGUGCCCUUAAGACAGGAUUUGUGAGGAAAGAGACAAUGGGGAGGCUUUUCCAUUUUCCUUUGACCUUGCAGAGAAAACAUUUGCUGAGUUUAGGAAUCAAAAUAGUUCCAGGUCAGUCUUCCUGUGCUGAUCUAUGUACUUGCUUGGUUGGUACGCUUAUGAACAUUACCAUAUAUCUAAGACCUCAAAAUUCCUAUCACACCACAAGUGAGCGAGAAGAUUAAAGAUUUUAUUCUAAACAGCAAGCAAUAUAUGCGUACCAAGCGAGCACUUCAACCCGCCGCUUGGAAGCUCUCAAGAAGUGGUGAAGUGACUCUCCCAGGUAGCCCCAGUUUGCACAGCCCAUCAGUCCAUACACGAGCUUCUCAAAAACUCUGCGCGCAACCGAUUUAUAGAUUGCUAGCCUGUGUGUCUUGCCCGACUGGUUGCAUGCAAUUACUGGCUACGUGCCGAUUAUUUAUUAGCCAGCCCCUCCCAAUGCCCCACUUUCUAACUCAUCGGGGACGAGGUCCCUUUGGCGGCCCCAAUAAAAUAUUUCAGAAAAUAUUUCAAAAGUUGAUGGGCUUUGCCAUUCAAAUGGUGUGUAUGUGCUAUCUCAUGGGAUUGAUUAUGUGGGGCAGGGCUUACCUGCUCCCCCCUCCAAUAUUUUAUCGAAGUUGGCACCCCUGCCUUGAGAAGCGUAUUUUCCAGAACCACCCUGCGAACAUGUUUUGCAUAUCAAUUCCGAAUUUUCCGUUGCCGUAACCUGCUCUGGGACCUGUUGGCAAAGGGUGGGUCAGAAUUUUAAUAAUCAUAGUCAAAUGAGGCUGUCGCUGCUCAGAGCCACCUCAGACUUACCGUAUUUUUUGCUCUAUAAGACUCACUUUUUCCCUCCUAAAAAGUAAGGGGAAAUGUGUGUGCGUGUUAUGGAGCGAAUGCAGGCUGCGCAGCUAUCCCAGAAGCCAGAACAGCAAGAGGGAUCACUGCUUUCACUGCACAGAGAUCCCUCUUGCUGUUCUGGCUUCUGAGAUUCAGAAUAUUUUUUUUCUUGUUUUCCUCCUCCAAAAACUAGGUGCGUCUUGUGGUCUGGUGCGUCUUAUAGAGUGAAAAAUACGGUACUCAGUCAUUGGCAUUCGUAGCUCCCCGUUCUUCCACAGCAGUGUAUCUGGCUCUCCCCCCCCCCCCCGCCUGUUUUUAUCUGCACAACAACCCUGUGAGGCUGGCUUAGGACAAGAGAAGAUGUUUGGCCCAAGGGGGCCCAGUGAAAUUUAUGGCUGAGCAGGAUUUGAACCCUGACCUCGCAGGCCCUUGUCUGCCAAACCACCCCCUCCAGUGGAAAGUUUUCAUGUUCCAAAUGCUAAUGUCUUUUUAAACAACAGCGCUCCGUUUCUUCUCUCCUUCCAGCCAAACUGGUUUGUGACGAUGACGGAAACCAGUUGCUUCUGCACCACCGGGCAGAGGAGGUGAAGGUGAGACAGGAGGCGUACAGGUGAGGAGAUCUUGCCUUCAGAGCUGUAGCUGUACCUGUUUUGAGUGCAGUAGGUGCCUGGUUCAACCCCCAGGUGGUUCUGGAAGAGAUACAUUGGAAAGCCACUGCUGCCAGCCAAAAUUGGGCAAAAUUGAGUUCAAUGCACCAAUGACCCGACUCUGUAGAGAGCAGCUUCUCCUAAAUACUUGUUUUGUUUUUUAAAAUAUUUUUUAUUGGUUUUUCCAUGUAUACAUCCUCUAACAAUAUUUCUCUAACAAUUUUCCAUAUCCCCCCCCUCCCCUGGACUUCCCUCAUAUUCCCAUUUUGUUUUAUUUCCAUAUUACUCACCCUGCGUGUUGUUUCCCAAAAUUUUCCCAAUACAUACAGUCUUACUUUUUGUUAUACAGUGGUACCUCAGGUUACAUACGCUUCAGGUUACAUACGCUUCAGGUUACAGACUCUGCUAACCCAGAAAUAGUGCUUCAGGUUAAGAACUUUGCUUCAGGAUGAGAACAGAAAUCAUACAGUGGCGGCGCAGCGGCAGCAGGAGGCCCCAUUAGCUAAAGUGGUACCUCAGGUUAAGAACAGUUUCAGGUUAAGUACGGACCUCCGGAACGAAUUAAGUGCUUAACCUGAGGUACCACUGUACAAAAAUAAUAAUAAUAUUGAUAACAGCAACAACAAAAACUCUAAACAAUACCCCCACCCCAGAAGGACAGAGUUGAAAGAUUUGUUUUUUGUUUUUAAAAGGGGGUGAAUUUUGCAAUACUAGUCCUUAAACAUCUUGAUUUAACACUUGUCAAGAGCUAGUCCCCCUCACUGACUUCUGAGGAGCUCACUGAGCCUGCCCCACCCAGAACAAUUUACUCCAGUUUGCAGCUUAAUAGCUCGAAUGAUUAUGGGGAGCAUGAAUGCGGGGUGUGUUUGUGAAUCCCUGCACCUAUAAAUCUAGCAUGUCAGGGAGAAGGGUUUUAACCUCGUUUUCUAUGUUCGGGGAUGACGACGUUCUAGUCCGUUUCCAGGAUUAAGGGUUCGAGUGCCAAUCCUUGUGUUAACAUAUGCUCUCUGCGUUAUUGAAAUGAUUUUACUUUUUUAAUCCCCCAAAAGAAAAAGACUCCCAAGCGGCUUAUAGAUGGUCUAAAGAGGAAGACAUCCCCUGCUUUUCAGCUUCCGAUUUUUUCUAAAAGGAUACAGCACAAAAAAAGUGGGAGGGAGGAAGAAAUAAGCAAGCUUAGGGACACUUAGCCAAAAUUGCACCAUCUAUGUAGAGGCAGGAAGUAUUUUUGGCAGAAGCUAUCUAUAUCUAUCUAUCUAUCUAUCUAUCUAUCUAUCUAUCUAUCUAUCUAUCUUUAAAGGUGUUGGGGGAGUAAAAACCCUAAUGGGAGAGAAACCUCCACAACCCAGAAAGGACUUACCAUAACAUUCUUCCUUGGUAUGAACUGAUGACGAACUAUUGCAUAUCCUCCUGUGGGUUAAACCACAGAGCCUAGGGCUUCCCGAUCAGAAGGUCAGCAGUUUGAAUCCCCGCGACGGGGUGAGCUCCUGUUGCUCGGUCCCUGCUCCUGCCAACCUAGCAGUUCGAAAACACGUCAAAGUGCAAGCAGAUAAAUAGGUCCUGCUCCGGCGGGAAGGUAAACGGUGUUUCCGUGCGCUGCUCUGGUUCGCCAGAAGCGGCUUAGUCCUGCUGGCCACGUGACCCGGAAGCUGUACGCCGGCUCCCUCAGCCAGUAAAGCGAGAUGAGCGCCGCAACCCCAGAGUCGGUCACGACUGGACCUAAUGGUCAGGGGUCCCUUUACCUUUACCUUUUUAUUCAGUAAUAAUAAUGUUAUUAUUUAUACCCCACCCACCUGAGUUGCCCCAGCUACACAAUAAAACAUUAAACAUUAAAAAACUUCCCUAUACAGGGCUGCCUUCAGAUGUCUUCUAAAGGUUGUAUAAGUUACUAAUCUACCGUUGACGCGAGCUGUCCCUGUUCGAUCCUGGCUGAUCGUGUGAUGAUCUCCAUUGAUUGACACCCCCCCCCCAAAAUCUAGCUGAACAACUCUGGGCAGUCGAAUGGGUAGAUCACUGCCAGUUGGUUGAUAGUGGGAGUAGCUCGCAGUCUCUGGGAAGUUGGACACCCUGUCCUAAGGGAGAGCAAGACAUUCUGGGAUCAAAUCAGAAACCGGGAAGGCUUUUGUAAAUCCGGAACUGCCCCUGGAAAACAGGGACAUUUGGAGGGGGUUUGCUAUUGUAGAGGGUAUCUCGUCUUCUGCUGUUUUGCAUGAACCCACUACAACAAGAUUAGUGGGAAAACAAACUUUAUCCUCAAUGAGGUCUAGGAGCCUGCGCAGAGCGGUAGCUAACUCCUCCAGCCUGGUUACAGCUAGGCCAAGUGCCAGAUAUUUAGUUGAUAAUGCAUAUAUUACCAGUGUGGGGAUAGAAAACCAGGGUGGAGGGGAAAUGAAGGCUGAAUGACUGGGAUGGCGAGUAGGAACUCCCCACGCUGCAACAAUUUGUUGCAGACGCCAUGCCGUUAUUUCGAACAGAGGGGUGUUCCAACACAUUCUGAAGCGGCAGAAACCAGAUGUGAGAGAUUUUAAAACAAACAAACACUUUCCCAAUUUUUCCAAUUUUUCACAGUCAAUAGCCUUGCGGCUACUGUUGCGUAUAAAUAUAAUGUCUCGUCUUCUUCCUUUAGACUUCAUGGUACUAUUCCCAAUAAAGUGGAAAAUUGGAAAAGUGGUAUUAUACUGACAAAAAUAGAGUGGCUUGCCAAAUUAUUGGAGUACUACAAUAUAUCCAAAACAAUGGGAGAAAUUGGAAGGAUCUCAAAAGAGAAGAUAGACAGGGACUGGAAGUUGUUUAAAGGAUACUUGCAAAACCGUAUUGAAAAAUCAGAACUCUUAUUAGAAUAAACAAGUUCCGUUUUAUAUACUGGAAUACUAAAUAAGAUGGAUAACAAUGUGUAAUAGAAAAAGAAGCAUGAAAUUAGGUUAAAGGUGUGUGAAAGAAAGUAAUAGAAUGGAAAGAAAUUGCAGUUGAGUAGAUUGGAAGUCUAACACAAAGGUGGGGUGAGGGGUGGUGGAUGGUGAUGGGAAAAGGAAUUAUCUGUGGGAUUGAGUGUAGGUAUGUUUGAACAUUUUUAAGGAUUGUAUGAAAUGUAUGUUUGUAUAUUCGCAAUAUGUGUGUAUUAACGCUGAAUUAUUUUAACAAUAAAAACUUUUCAAAAAAUAAUAAUAAAAGAAACAAAGAAACUUCUCCCCAUUGAAAUCUUGAUUUUAAAAACCAGGUGGGCAGAAUUUGCGCCGGGGAUGCCUCAUUGCCUGGCUGUGGAGAACAUUGAGGAGCUGAACACCAAUGUGAAGUUUUCCUUUACUAAGCUCAGCACCUUUCUGUUGCGGUCAAAGCUCACGUGAGUCCUGAGGAAAGCCAGCAUUGAUUUUGAUUUUGAAUUGAUUUUAGAAUGUUGUGUUACUUUUAUUGCUGUUAGCCGCUCUGAGCCCUGCUUCAGCUGGGGAGGGCGGAAUAUAAAUAAUAAUAAUAAAUUGUUUAUUUAUUUGGCAGUCAGGAUCUGGCCAGCUCUCUAUCUAUCAUCGCAGCCAGUUAUCACAAUUGCCAUCGGUCCUUUUGCAAUCGAGGCAAGAGCAGGGAGGGGAAUUUUUCCGAGCCUGAGGGCCACAUCCAGUCUUCAGCAGCAUUCCGAGGGCCGCAGGCCAGAGGGUGGGCAGGUCCAGAAGUAAAAUUGGCGUUGCAGCGACCAAUGUGCCUCUCACUUCUUUGCAAAACAGGGUGGCGGUUGCAGUCUGAGGCAGAAAUUCAUCCCGAAUUUUCCAGGGCAGUGGCCCUGAUAAUGUACGCAAACAUUAAAAGUGUGCAUAAGAAUGACUGGCAAUAGCACACACAAAAUGCAUUAUAUUGGAGGGAAUUGUGUUCUGUUUUGUUUUAAAAAGAGUGCAUUAUGCAUUUAAAAAUUGCUUGUUGCAUUUAUAUUCCACCUUCACCUCCACGGAGCUCAAGUUGGGCUGUGUGGUUCUUCUCCCCCUCCUCAUCUAUGGCCCUUAUAUUUCCCUCCCCUUAUGGUUUUGACUUUUAAAAUGAGGCUGCAUUUUAAAUUGCAUUUUAACCUGUAUUUUUUUUUCUUUUUUCAUAUUACGAUUUUACUGAAAUUUUAUUGGUGCUAGCUGCCCUGAGCUCGGCUCUGGCCAGGGAGGGCGGGGUAUAAAAAAUAUUAUUAUUAUUAUUAUUAUUAUUAUUAUUAUUAGAGUAGAGCAUGCACCGCCAGAGUGGUUCAUGCUCUAGUUAUCGCUCGCUUGGACUACUGCCAUGCGCUCUACGUGGGGCUACCUUUGAAGGUGACCCAGAAACUACAACUAAUCCAGAAUGCGCAGCCAGACUGGUGACUGGGAGCGGCUGCCAAGACCACAUAACACCGGUCCUGAAAGACCUGCAUUGGCUCCCAGUACAUUUCUGAGCACAAUUCAAAGUGUUGGUGCUGACCUUGAAAGCCCUAAACGGCCUCAGUCCGGUAUACCUGAAAGAGAGUCUCCACCUCCAUCGUUCUGCCUGGACACUGAGGUCCAGCUCUGAGGGCCUUCUGGCGGUUCCCUCCCUGUGAGAAAUGAGGCUACAGGGAACCAGGCAGAGAGCCUUCUCGGUGGUGGCACCUGCCCUGUGGAACGCCCUCCUACCAGAUGUCAAAGAGAAAAAUAACUACCAAACUUUUAGAAGACAUCUGAAGGCAGCCCUGUUUAGGGAAGCUUUUAAAAUUUAAUAGGUUAUUGUAUUUUAGUGUUUUGUUGGAAGCCGCCCAGAGUGGCUGGGGGGACCCAACCAGAUGGCGGGGUAUAAAUAAAUAAAUAAAUUAUUAUUAUUAUUAUUAUUAUUAUUAUUAUUAUUAUUAUUUAAUUCCCACAGCAACCCUGUGAGGUAGGCUAGGCUGAGAGAGGCAGUGACUGGCCCAAGCUUACACCCAGUGAACUUCACAGCCUUGUAGGGAUCCGAACCCUGGUUUCCCAGGUCCUGGUCUUGACACCAUUGCACUACACUGAACGUUGAAUUUUCUGUUGAAUUUUCACGAGAGGAAACCAAAAACGGACAGGCCUUUGAGGGCAAGAGUCCGGGGCCUCACUCAACAGAAUGAAAACAACCCUCCUCCCCCCCCCAAAAAAAUAACACCUGGCAGGGAUGUCUUACCGCAUUUUGAAGUCAUGUGAUGUAAUAAUGCACGUGGGCCAUCUCCUGCAUCGAAGAGGGUUGGACUAGAUGAGCCCUGGGGGUCCCUUCCAACUCUGCAAUUUAAGUCCAAAGUCCGAAAACACUUCACUGGCCGUCACUGGGCAAACAGGCAUGCUGUGCCACUUUGCCAGCGAGAUUCCUGCCCCAAGGUCUCUUUCGCAAGGGGACGUGAUCUAAGAUGGCAGCCCCCCUUUCCAGCUCAGCCAGCAAGACAGGGUGGUAAUUUGCAAUGCCGAAAGCAAAGGAUUGCCGUUUGAGGACCAGCCACAUUCCUAGUAAGCUGAUCUCCAGCUGCCCCCAUUCCCCUGUUGUUAAUUGUUUGCUAUGAAGCAGCAAAUAAUUGCUAUGAAGCAUGUUAACGGAGAAAUCCGAGGGCUCCCUUGGACAAAAAAACAAGGACCGCAGCCAGGAAUACCAGAGCAAAACAGCAGCCAGUAGGCUUGGUCUUUAUUGAAGACUGUCGCGACAGGACUCCCACCUGCCACCAGGUGGAACAAGAUGGAAGCCCCAAACCAAAGAGAACCCAAACUUUUGUUAGCUGCUAAUCCCCAUGUUGGGACGCGGGUGGCGCUGUGGGUUAAACCACAGGACUUGCCGAUCAGAAGGCCAGCGGUUCAAAUCCCUGCGACGGGGUGAGCUCCCGUUGCUUGGUCCCUGCUCCUGCCCACCUAGCAGUUCAAAAGCACGUCAAAUUGCAAGUAGAUAAAUAGGUACCGCUCCGGCGGGAAGGUAAACGGUGUUUCCGUGCGCUGCUCUGGUUUGCCAGAAGUGGCUUAGUCAUGCUGGCCACAUGACCAGGAAGCUGUACGCCGGCUCCCUCGGCCAAUAAAGCGAGAUGAGCGCCGCAACCCCAGAGUCGGCUACGACUGGACCUAAUGGUCAGGGGUCCCUUUACCUUUACCUAAUCCCCAUGUUACACCCCCCCCAAACUACAUCACGGUUACAUCAUGAAAUGGGAGGUCUGGUGGCAGUAAUCUGAGCAUCCUGGACCCUGCCCCAUGGUUCUCCUUGCCCUCCACCAAACACCCAUCAAGUGUAACAAAAAAAUCUUUACAUUUCCCUGUUUCCCAGCCAAGUUAAUCACACCCUUUUGUCUUCAUCUGGGUUUGUUAUUUCUGGAAUGGCUACCUGUCUGGCACUCAGGUAUCAGGAUGCCAGGAAUUAUCACUCAGGCAGAGGGGCUGCUGAGCAGCUGAGCUCACAUGUCUAUAUGAAUUUCUGAAGUUUUCCCUGUGAGCCAGUACACAGAUACAUUGAUCAGUGAAUUGUUACAUUUGGUAUUGUGCAGCAAAGGCCCUUUGAAUAGAUAGGAAGAAACUGUGAUGAAGUGUUUUGUGGGGACAAAUCACCAAAGUCACAAAAGUGAUUGUGCUGGUUUUCGUAGUGGGCUGCAUGCGCAUGAUAUCUGCUGGAGGGGCAACACCCCCCCCCACCUAUACAUAAAUUCCUGCAACAAGCAGCAGCUGUUAACACUCAGAUCCAUGGUCCUCAGCUGUCGCGGAUUCUUCUCUCCCCCUUCUCCCCACACCACACGGGGUUGGACUAGAUGACCCUCCGGUGUCCCUUCCGACUCUUACGAUUCUGUGAUUCCUUUAGACUGAUGGAGGUGAAGCUGAAGGGGUUCAUGGACUGCCAGGAGUCUUGGAAGAAAAUGGAAGACAUCCGGAAGGUUUUCUGGUUCAACAAGACCCCCGUUUCCGGUAGGUGCCUCUUUGCACGUGCACAAGCGCUAUCAAAUACUACGUUCUUAGAAACGAUCGAAGCCAUUUGCCCAGGAUAGAACAGGCACAUUUGAAGGAGGAGCAGUUAGGAUCUUUGGGAUGUGGGACUCUGCUGUAUACCAUGGGUCCCUUUAACUCAAUAUUGUCAACACUGACUGGCAGCGACACUCCAGGUUUUCAGGCACAGGAAAUUCCAGGCCCCUAAUGGAAAUGCCGUUAAGGGACAUGGGUGGCCCUGUGGGUUAAACCACAGAGCCUAGGACUUGCUGAUCAGAAGGUCGGCGGUUCGAAUCUCCGCAACAGGGUGAGCUCCCGUUGCUCGGUCCCUGCUCCUGCCAACCUAGCAGUUCGAAAACACCUCAAAGUGCAAGUAGAUAAAUAGGUACCACUCUGGUGGGAAGGUAAACGGCAUUUCCAUGCGCUGCUCUGGUUCGCCAGAAGCGGCUUAGUCAUGCUGGCCACAUGACCCAGAAGCUGUAUGCCGGCUUCCUCGGCCAAUAAAGCGAGAUGAGCGCCGCAACCUGAGUCGUCCGCGACUGGACCUAAUGGUCAGGGGUCCCUUUACCUUUAGUGGAAAUGCCGUUAGGGACUGAACUUGGGACCUUCAGUGUGCAAAGGAGAUGCCACAGCCCUUCCCCGCCUUGCAGCUUUCUACAGGCCAAAAUUCAACAGGUAUAGCCUUUCCAGGAAAGGAGCUAGAUUGAAGUGGGAAGCUUCCUCUCCCAGAGUCAGACCUAGCGUGUCACUGAUACAAGUACAUGAGCCCGGCAAGGUUAAAACAAGUGCAAACAUAGUCCUAGGGUUCCUGUUCCUCAGAAGGCUUCUGGGCAGAGUUGAGGAGGAAACAGGAUCCUGCCAAAUAUUGCCCAGUAGGUCCAGUGCUGCAGGCGGUAUGCUGCAAAUCGCAAACAGGCAGAGUGUUGUUGUGCUCAACUUUCGGGCUUCCCAUCUACUUGGACGCUGGGCGAACAGGAUGCCGGACUAGGUGAGCCUCUGGGCCUGAUCCAGCAGCUAGGCUCUUCUGUCACAAACUGGUUGGAUGCAGAUGAGUGCUGGGGGUCACCAGCUGCCCAAGGGAAGAUGGUUCAGAGCCAAGGGGGUGGGACAACGUUGAGUGGUCAGAGGUAGAAGAGGGAGCAGACUGGGAAGAGAUGAUGUUGCAAGCUGAAGAGGCAACAGGGCUUAGUGAGCAGGAAGAGAAUGUGUCAGAGAGCAGUCCAGAAUCAGAGGUAGGAGUGGAGGCUGGAGAGGAGGGAGGCCAAGAGAUGAGUCCGGCUGGUGAAGAGACUCGGGUGUCUUCCCCUCCUGCUGCAACAAGCUCCCUGUUGUAUUCUGAAGGCAAUGGAAAGGACUGAACCCUGAUUUAAGGUGCUGGUUUUGACCUUUAAAGCCCUUCACGCCUAGGACCCUCGUACCUAUGGGACCGCCUCUCCCAGUAUGCCCCACAGAGGACCUUAAGGUCCAUAAAUAGCAACACCUUAGAGGUCCUGGGCCCUAUGGAAAUCAGAUUAGCUUCAAGCAGAGCCAAGGCCUUUUCAACACUGGCUCCGGCCUGGUGGAACGCUCUCUCAUGAGACCAGGGCCCUGCAGGACCUAACUUCUUUCCGCAGGGCCUGUAAGACAGAGUUGUUGCGCCUGGCCUUUGGCUUGGAAUCAACUUGAUUCCCUCCCCCUCUUUCUUUUUUCCUUUCUCCUCCUGUGAUGAGGCUGCAUUUUAAUGUUUCAAUGUUUUAAUGUUGUAUUUUAAUCUUGUUUUUAAGUUGUAUUCAUUCAACUUGUUUUUAUUAUUGCUUGUUAGCUGCCCUGAGCCCGGCCUUGGCUGGGGAGGGCGGGGUAUAAAUAAAAAUUAUUAUUAUUAUUUAUUAUUAUUAUUAUUAUUAUUAUUAUUAUUAUUAUUAUUAUAGACACAAGACUCUGGGAGGAAGUGCCAAUAGCCACUCCCUCGUCCAGGCCGUUUUAUUAACAAAAGAACUCUUACACAGCGUUUGUAAGAAGCAAUCGGAUUUCCUCUGAGCAUUUCAAAAAAUCACCACGUGGGGACAAAGUCAGAUCAGAGGAAUCCUUUUAACUACAAAGAACUAAUUUGAGCAUGCAUACAUGUUUAGGGUAAAUAAAACAGGAAUUAAGGAGGAAUGCAUUUAGCAAACCCGGAGGUCAUAAACAGGAAAGGAAAGACAGGCAUUUUUAUCACCUCCAUGUGAAACUCUGUUUCCUGGCCCAAAGAUUAACAAAACCACAUCAAUGCUACCUCCUAUCUUUAUGGCCCAGGAUGCCUGGUGAAGCAUCUGUGUACGUGACUUGUCAAGCCUAGAGAAAAUGGGGCAGAGAUGCAGAGGCUUGUGGGGUUGAAUCAGAACUCGUGUCAAAUGACCCAAGCCCAGUCAAAGCAAUGCUUUCAUCGCCAACACAAUGGCUUGCUUCAUUGUUCAUAAUUCCUCAUAGCAAUCCCACCUGACCACCACACUCCCCUCCCCACCAUAGCUGUCAACCGUCCCUUAUUUGGCGGGAAAGUCCCUUAUCCCAGCACCGUGUCCCGCUGCUGUCCCUUAAAUUUCCCGGGUUUCAAAGGAAGCAGCUCCUCUCCCUCCCUCCCUGCCGGCCAGGGAGGAGGGAGGCUCCAACUGUGUUGCUUGGCUGCGUUGCUCACCCAAUAAGGAGUCUGAGAACGACUGGGGGUGGAGCUUGCAUGGCUUGUGCCAAUCAAAUCGGCCGCCUUGCCUGGGGACUCGCCUUUACUCAGCGCUUCCCAGCGGAGAGGUGACGGUGGUUUCCCUUGCUGCAUCCCCUUUGCCGGGUUGUUGCGCUGUGGGAACCACCGCUUGAGGCUUCCUUUGGCUGCUGGCUGGGCUUUCUGCCUUUGGCUCGGAGGGGCUCAGAAGUUGAACAUACCUGUGCUCUGAAAAUCCCUUAUUUUGGCUUCUGGUCCCUUAUUUUCAAAUCUGUAACUUGACAGCUAUGCUCCCCACUUGUCUCCCAGAACCAGAAGAGGCAUGAAAAGGGCAGAGGAGUGGUUGGUUGGCUGCAGGCAGGCCCAGUCUCCAAUUACUUGGGGGGAAUCCUACAGAGAAGGGAACUUAGGCAGCUGUGGGGAGGCGGCAAUCUUCAGUCUUGGCAACUGCUUCAUGGGGGCAAGAACUUCCGGAGCUAAGCUCCUGUGCUCAUUAUUCCUGACACUCCUGUGCAGAUCCUGUUUUUGCAUUUGAAAAAAGAGUUGGCUCCAUCUUGCUCGGUGUGAUUUUCUGCUGGCUUGCUCUUGCCAUCUAACACUCGAGAGUGGACCAGCAGCCCUGUGUUAUACCCUCCCCACACCCCACCCCUGCCUCCAGUUGCGUGGCGAGUUCCCGCCCUCCCCCCGUGGAAAUAAAACACAUGACCCAAUUAUUAAGGUUAAUGGGCUAAAUAAGGCCACAACUUUAUUGGUUACAGGUGAUGAGAGGUAUUGGCUUAGGCAUUGGUCCUAACCGACUAUAUCCAACUUCAGCCCGUCCGCUUGAAGGCCAGGAAGGGUUAACCACCAGUAGGAGGAGUCCUGCUGAUGCACAUCAACUAGGAACUCCCCCGGUGUCACCAAUAGGGGGUGUGCCUUAGGCCCUCACCUCCCCAGGCUUCGGACAGGGCCACGCCCCCCAGAAUCCUUUACCGGACUACCCGUCAGUAUGUGGGGCAGGUGAUGGCGCUUCCUCCCCUCAUCCGUCUACAUAACAAUACCAAUGCCUAACAGCCAAUACCAAGAAAGUUGUGACAAUUUGCUAUGAGGUAGGCAAAAAACCAAGUGGCUUCUGCCAAUUUGCCAAGUAUAGCUGUCAACCGCCCCUUAUUUGGCGGGAAAGUCCCUUAUCCCAGCACCGUGUCCCGCUGCUGUCCCUUAUUGAUGAUGUCCCUUAAAUUUCCAGGGUUUCAAAGGAAGCAGCUCCUCUCCCUCCCUCCCUGCCGGCCAGGGAGGAGGGAGGCUCCAACUGCGUUGCUCGGCUACGUUGCUCAGCCAAUAAGGAGUCUGAGAACGGCUGGGGGUGGAGCUUGCAAGCCUUGUGCCGAUCAAAUCGGCCGCGUUGCCUGGGGACUCGCCUUUGCUCAGCGCUUCCCAGCGGAGAGGGGACAGUGGUUUUCCUUGCUGCAUCCCCUUUGCCGGGUUGUUGCGCUGUGGGAACCACCGCUUGAGGCUUCCUUUGGCUGCUGGCUGGGCUUUCUGCCUUUGGCUCGGAGGGGCUCAGAAGUUGAACAUACCUGUGCUCUGAAAAUCCCUUGACAAUCCCUGAACAAUGAGGGAAUGUCUUGGUAUUUAGAACAGGUUUGUACAGUGUGUACAGAAGCAGAGAAAAGAUUAUAAGCGAGACUUCCCAGAAUGCCAGAGAAAAGAAGCAAUACUUCCCAUAGCAAGACUUCCCAUAAUGCCACAGUUAUGUGCAGAAAGAGAACUUCCCUUUAAUUUUGGCUGCUGAUCCCUUAUUUUUGAGGCUGCUGGUCCCUUAUUUUCAAAUUUGUAAGUUGACAGCUAUGUUGCCAAGUGGAAAAAAUUCCUACCAGGCCCCGCAACGGCGACCAACCGAGGUCCAUAGCAAGCUCAAGGACGAAAACCUUAAAGGGCGGGAGGGUGGGAAACAGGAGCAGCUGGAGGCAGCAAAAGAGGGAGAUCCCCGGCUGCUCCUGCGUUAAAUAGGGCAGGCCACGCCCCCUGAGCCAGCCGAUUGGCUGUCCAGGGGAUGACGCGGCCGGGGAUUCCCUCAAUCGCGCAGAGGCUGAGCACCAGCCGCCAGGCGCGUGGUGAGGGCGUGAAGCCCGCAACACCACCUCCUUUGCAGGGCGGAAGUGGAUUUCUAAACGGCACUUCCCCAAACUUGGAGAGACAUGUCUUUUAAGAAGCUUCUCUGCGUCCCCAGAGUACGUUGCCGAUCACUGGCAAGAAGACGCUUUCUUUGGCUCCCAGUAUCUCAACGGCGUCAACCCCGUGGUGAUCAAGAAAUGCACCCAGAUCCCAAGCAAUUUCCCCGUGACCCAGGAGAUGGUUGCCGCGACUCUUGGGGCAUCCACCACCCUGCAGGAAGAAAUCCAGGUGACUCAAUUCUUUCAUUCCUUGCUUUUCCGAGUGAAUAGUCGCUGCGUAUUUCCACAGCAAAAUAAGCUCCAAACUUGUCUCAAGAGGCGGCUGGGAUGUCCCACCUGCCAAAGCUGUCUGCAUCUUAGCAGCCAGAGAAAACUUCUCCCAUCCAAAGGGAUGUGUGUUGCGUUCCGAAGGCAAGGAAGGAUUGGACCCUGAUUAAUAAAAUACACACGAGGCUUGGCCAGCAAGACUCUGGGAGGAAGUUCCAAUAAUAAUCUGUCACGCCCUGGCCCAGGUCCCUUUUAUUAACAAAAGAGCUUUUAACACAGCGCUUGUAAGAACCAAUCAGAUGUCCUCUGAGCAUUUCAAAAAAACCUACCACGUGGGUACAAAGUUAGAUCAGAGAAAUCCUUUCAACUACAAAGACUACUUUGAGCAUGCAUACAUAUUUUAGGCUAAAUAAAACAGGAAUCAAGGAGGAAUGCAUUUAGCAAAGCCCAGAGGUCAUAAACAGGCAGUAACAGGAAGGGAAGGACAGGUAGUAUUUACCAUCUCCUUGUGAACUCUCUUCCUGAACUCUCUUCCUGGCCCUAAGAUUAAACGGCCUCAGUCCAGUAUCCCUGAAGGAGCGUCUCCACCUCCAUCGUUCUGCCCGGACACUGAGGUCCAGCGCCGAGGGCCUUCUGGCGGUUCCCUCCCUGCGAGAAGCCAAGUUACAGGGAACCAGGCAGAAGGCCUUCUCGGUAGUGGCGCCCGCCCUGUGAAACGCCCUCCCACCAGAUGUCAAAGAGAAGAAUAACUACCAAACUUUUAGAAGACAUCUGAAGGCAGCCCUGUUUAGGGAAGCUUUUAAUGUUUAAUAGGUUAUUGUAUUUUAGUGUUUUGUUGGAAGCCGCCCAGAGUGGCUGGGGAAACCCAGCCAGAUUGGCGGGGUAUAAAUAAUAAAUUAUUAUUAUUAUUAUUAUUAUUAUUAUUAUUAGAUUAACAAAACUAACAAACACUACAUCAAAGCUAUCUCCUAUCUUUAUGGCCCAGGAUGCCUGGUGAAGCAACUGGUCUGUGUUUUAGAAUGCUUAUACGUGCCUGUCAGGCAUAGAAAAUGGACAGUAGAGAACAUGGACAGACGGGCAGAGGUUUGUGGGAUUGAAUCAGAACUCAUGUCAAAUGGCUCAAGCCCAGUCAAAGCAACGCUUUCAUCGCUGACACAAUGGCAUGCUCCAUUUUUCAUAAUUCCUCAUAGCAAUCCCACCUGACCCCCCACAAUGUGGGCUACCUGCAUCAGUGACUACUGACCCUCGUGGCCAUGCGCGCCCUCUGUGGCUGGAGGCAGUGGUGCUUCUGAGCACCAGUUUCUGGAAACCACAUAAGUGGGAAGCACUUUUGGGCUCGGGUAAUGCUUUCAGGUUUCCCAGAAGAGGCCACUGUGGCAGCAGGAAGCAGGACCAGAUGGGCCAGACUAGACUCUUACCUUCUCGCCUUCUUAUCACGCCGCUUUGGGCUAGCUUAUUUCCAUCGCGCAGCGAAGACACAAACUAGCUCUCGAUUUUUCUUCCUCCCUGACCCUAAAAGAAAGGGAACGUUUACAUCGUGGAUUACAAGAUCCUGCAGGGGAUCCCGACGAACACGAUUCAAGGGCAGCCGCAGUACAUGGCGGACCCUCUCUGCCUCCUGUACCAGACACCUUCCGGGGAGCUCCUCCCCAUAGCUAUCCAGGUAAGCAGCCAGCCAGGUAAGCACGGCAGGGCGUCAGAAUUGAACCCAUUGAAGCCCACUCCCUGUCUCUCUGGCCACCGCAAGGCUCUUCCCACUUCUCUUGCCGCAACCUGGCCACAGGCCUUCCAAUUCCUCUUCUGUUGCUUUAGGGUAAAGGUAGAGGGACCCUUGGAGGUCUUUAAGCAGAGGCUUGACAACCAUAUGUCAGGAGUGCUCUGAUGGUGUUUCCUGCUUGGCAGGGGGCUGGACUCGAUGGCCCUUGUGGUCUCUUCCAACUCUAUGAUUCUAUGAUUCUAUGUCCAGUCACGGACGACUCUGGGGUUGUUGCGCUCAUCUCACUUUAUUGGCCGGAGCUUCCGAUUGGCUGCAGGAGCUUCCUACAGCCAAUCAGAAGCCACGCUUUGGUUUCCGAACGUUUUGGAAGUUGAAAGGACUUCCGGAAUGGAUUCGUUCGAUUUCCAAGGUACGACUGUACUUGUUUCCCACAACUAUGGAACCAUUCAGACAUGUAUUCCCAUACCUGCUUUCUAAGGUAAAGGGUAAAGGGACUCCUGACCAUUAGGUCCAGUUGUGACCGGCUCUGGGGUUGCGGCGCUCAUCUCGCUUUAUUGGCAGAGGGAGCCCGUGUACAGCUUCCGGGUCCUGUGGCCAGCAUGACUAAGCCGCUUCUGGCGAACCAGAGCAGCGCACGGAAACACCGUUUACCUUCCCGCCGGAGCGGUACCUAUUUAUCUACUUGCACUUUGACAUGCUUUCGAACUGCUAGGUGGGCAGGAGCUGGGACCGAGCAACGGGAGCUCACCCCUUCGUGGGGAUUCGAACCGCCGACCUUCUGAUCAGCAAGCCCUAGGCUCUGUGGUUUAACCCACAGAGCCACCGCGUCCCUUGCUUUAUGGUAGAGGUUGGCAACUGGCGUCCCGCGGCCAAAUUGGCCCCAUCAGCCUGAGGAACCGCAUGGAGUAAGUAAGAUGGUGAGAGGAAGGUUUUCAAAGACAAGAAGAAACGCUUCUCCCCAAAACGUCUCCUUUCCUCCUCCUUUUGCUCAUGCAUACCUUUCUUUCUCUGUCAGGCCUCAUCCACAGCAUGCAUCCAAAACAAUAUGAUACCAAACAGCCAUGGCUUCCCUCAAAGGAUUGUGGGAGCUGUACAGUGGUACCUCGGGUGAAGAACUUAAUUCGUUCUGGAGGUCCGUUCUUAACCUGAAACUUUUCUUCACCUGAGGUACCACUUUAGCUAAUGGGGCCUCCCACUGCCGCCACCACACGAUUUCUGUUCUCAUCCUGAAGCAAAGUUCUUAACCCAAGGUACUAUUUCUGGGUUAGCGGAGUCUGUAACCUGAAGCGUCUGUAACCCGACGUACCACUGUAGUUUGUUAAGGGUGCUGGGAAUUGUGAAGAGACCCCUAUUCCCCUCGCGGAGAUACAAUUCUCAGAGUGGCUUGACAACCAAUCUCUCUUGGGAUUUAUGGGGGGGGUCUCCCAACCAUUCUUGGCACCUUUAGCAAACUACAGCUCCCAGAAUCCUUUGGGGGAAGCCAUGGCUGUUUAAAGGGGUAUUGUAGCGCUUGAAAGGGAUGUGGCCUCAGUCUCCUUCGUAUUUGAGGCUACUGGUGGUGGAGAGGUUUGGCUCCCCCCAAAACAAACACAACAUGCUCAGGCAAAGAAAGUAGCCACUUUGGCUCAAACCCCAAACCUGCUGGGGGGGGGGCGUUUCCCAACCUGUUGCCCCACCCUCUCUCCUCAGCCACCCCGACCACCCCAUCACCAGCUCCUCUCCUUCUUUCCCUCAGCUGGGACAAACUCCAGGCCCCAACAACCCCAUCUUCCUCCCCAGCGACUCCGUGUGGGACUGGACCCUGGCUAAGAUGUGGGUCCGCAACGCCGACUUCCACGUCCACCAGAACAUCUCCCACCUGCUCCAGACGCACCUGGUGGCUGAGGUCUUUGCUAUCUGCACUCUGAGGCAUCUGCCAUUGUGCCACCCGGUCUUCAAGGUACGUUGGCGGCAGAGGGUGGGGGUGGGGAAGGAACAGCGUCCGGCCCGAGGGUCACGUUAGGGUUCGCACAGCCAACCGAGGAGAAGCGAGGAAAAGGUUUCGCUGGGCCUCCCUCCUGCCGUUGUGGCAGCCCCUGAGAAACCCGAAGGUCGAACGGGAGCAACUCCAUCUUGAAAAGUGCCGGCGGGAUGAGGGUAGAGGGGUGUGCCGCUGCCUGAGGGCGAAGGACAAGAAUAUGUGCCCUGCGAAAGGAUCUUGCUUGCUGCGAGGCUGGGCCUGUUUUACUUGUGAGUCAAGCACAGCCCAGUACCUUUUUUGUGUUGUGACCUGUCGAGAGGUUUGCAAUCACGCUUCCUGGUUUUGGGACUGAAAGGGAGCAGAAUCCAGUACCUUUGCUGGAGGUUCGGCUGCGUGACUUCCAAGUCUCUCUCUAGGCCAAGAAUUCCAACAGUGUUAUGUACUGAAGUUCUCACCCUCGGCCAGCAGGGGGAUACUGUAGAUAGUUUUCACUCAGGUCCACAUAUGCAAAUAAGGGAUUGAAAGUGACGUUCAGUGAUUGGAUAGUUACAGAAAAUGGUUACUGUUACGUUGUAGUGGAGCUCUAUAUAAGCAGGCUGGCUGAAGCCUCCAGUUCAGUUCUGUUCUGGCCUGUGAAUAAACAAGAGCUGUUUGAAGAAUCGCUGUGUCGUCUGAUAUGUUCACCCACAACUUAACAAACAGGUUUUCUUUCCCACCUUGCAGCUCCUGAUCCCACACUUCCGAUACACCCUCCAGAUCAACGCUUUGGCCAGGGUCAGGCUCAUCAUGGAAGGCGGGAUGAUGGACCUGGUAAGAGAGAAGGCCCCUUUCCCCUUUUUGAGUUUGCUUGUCUGUCUGGUGCAUCAGAGGCGGAGCUUAGCUGCUGUGCAUCUGGGGGCGGGGCUAUGGGGCGGGGCUAGCGUCCCAGGGGGGCGCCAUGGCGAGCAUCCCAGGGGGCAAGACGCCCAUGGCGGGCUGCUUCCUGGGCGAGGAAAGAGGGAGCUACACCGCUUUGCCAACAGCCCUCCUCCCUGUCGGAAUCUCCGUUCUUUCUGCUGAGCUGAUAAAGCUCACCUUCCGGAAUCGCCUCCGACAUGAUUAACGACCUGAGCCUUUGAUGAGGCCUCCAAGCACGUUCCCAUUACGCAGAGAAUCAAAACAGGACGCGGAAGUGAUGAGAUUUAUGGCUACAUCGCUAUGCUUUGUUUUCUAAGCUACGCAGACAGAAAAGAAAUCAUCCUCUCUCCGUGAGAGCAGAGAGCAACUGAACAACAAAGGAACAGGAAACCAGUAACGUCACAUCUGUCUCCUGUCUUCCGUGAGACUUCCAACAGCCUGGAAAUGUCUCUGGAAUGUAAACAGAGUCUUGUGACUCCAAAGCACUGCACAGUGGCAAACAGAAACUAACACUCCCUUCCCUCUUCCUUUUGGCAGCUUGGGGGAGGCUUCCCCCCCCAAGGAGCGGGGGGCAAUGGUGCGCCACCCGCCUGCGACUCCCAAGCCUCCCCCGAGCUCUCAAAACGAAGGGGGAAGGGAGGAAGGCUGCCGGCAAGGCGGCGCAGGUCCGCCCCUUUUCCCGACAUCUUGGGGUAGGCUUGGGAGUCGUGGGUGGGUGGCAUGCCGAAUGUAACCCCCCCCCCAGUGAUGAUACCCGGGGCAUACCGCUACCACCGCCCCCCCUUCCUCCGACCCUUUGGUGGCUCCCCCUGCCUGCUCUCAGAGAUGGAUUUUGAGACCCAAAUGAAAAGGUGCAUCCUUCUGCUUUAGCUUUCUGCACCACAGACAGAUUAGCUGCCCCCGCCCCACCCCCCCCAAUUUCACAAAUAAGCAAGCGAUGGGAGAGAUGUCCAUGCAGAAAAAGCUGUCUGCAGUUUGGCAGCUUUUCUUUGAAAUCUGCGCCCAAAGGGUCAAAUUUGGAAAUGUAUCUCAAGUUGUUCUCCAACUUGGACAUUUUUGAACAUGGGAUCUUAAAUCUCAUGCACCUAAAUGUGUCACACCAGAAUCCAGCAUCGUCCAUGGCUGAGAACUUUGUAGCAACAACAUCAUAUAAUAUAAAAAUUUGCCUCACCCUCUCAUCACCAUCCUCUUACAUCUACGAUCCUUGGAUCCAAAAGGAGUGAAAAAGUGAAACAAAGAACCCACAAUCAGUGUGCUAAUUUCCACCCUUUUACUGUCUGGUCCCCACGUCCCCUCACCCCAGCCUCCCAUCUAAAUCCGUCGGUGCCCGUAAUUCGGAAUACCGAUAUAGAUAAAAUGUUCCACGUUUUAUCUUUAGAAUGAGAAAGGCUUACUUGCAAAUUUAUUUCGCUGUGGAACUUAUUUCACCUGCCUACUAAGGCUGAACCCGACAACCCUUCUCCUUCAAUAUAGUCAUUUAGAAAAACAGCACACAAUUGGAAAUGGAACGAAAUAUACAGUGGUACCUCUGGUUGCGAACGGGAUCCGUUCUGGAGGCCCGUUCGCAACAUGAAAAGAGCGCAAUCCGCAGCGGCGCAUCUGCGUACGUGCGGGUUGCAAUUCGCGGCUUCUGUGCAUGCGUGUGACCUCAUUUUGUGCUUCUGCGCAUAUGCGAGCAGCGAAAACCGGAAGUAACCCUUUCCGGUACUCCCGGGUCGCCACGGGACGUAACCUGAAAGAACGUAACAUGAAGCGGACAUAACAUGAGUUAUGACUGUAAUGACCUGGUUUUCUCGCAAAGCAGGGAGCUUGAAGAUAAUAACGCCUUUUUUCCCUGUCCUGUCCCACCCUUCAAGUACUCACGUCUGACUGUUUCCCCUACCCCCAGGCUACCUCAGCAGGCUACAAAGGAAUCGUGCCCAUUGUGGGGAAAGGAACCUACAGCAUGGCUUACGCCUCCCUCUGCCUCCCCGACGACAUUGAGGCCCGCGGGGUCGCCUCCAUCGCAAACUACCACUACCGGGACGAUGGGCUGAAGAUAUGGGCCGCCAUAGAGAGGUGACGCCGCCAGGCCUGCCUGAUGGGAGCCGUAAACACCUAGAGCAGCCUUUCUCAACCUGUGGGUCCCCAGGUGUUGUUGAACUACAACUCCCAUCACCCCUAGCUAGCAAGGCCAGGGCUCAGGGAUGAUGGGACCCACAGGUUGAGAACUGCUGAUCUAGAGGGAACCUGGUUGGGGGGUGGGGCAGCUGCCAUCUUGGAUCAAUGCCUGGCAAGGCCUCCCAGUAUGCACUCUGGAGCCAGUGUGGUGUAGUGGUUAAGAGCGGUGCACUCGUAAUCUGGGGAACCGGGUUCACGUCUCCGCUCCUUCAUAUGCAGCUGCUGGGUGACCUUGGGCUAGUCACACUUCUUUGAAGUCUCUUAGCCCCACUCACCUCACAGAGUGUUUGUUGUGGGGGAGGAAGGGAAAGGAGAAUGUGAGCCGCUUUGGGACUACUUCGGGUAGUGAUAAAGCGGGAUAUCGAAUCCAAACUCUUCUUCUUCUUCUUUCUUCAUGUCCCAGGUUCGUGGCCAGCCUCGUCCGGUUCUACUACAAGAGUGACGACCGCGUCCAGAGCGACCCGGAACUCCAGGCCUGGAUCCGAGAGAUCUUCAAGGAAGCCUUCAAGAACAGGAAGACAUCCGGUGCCCCCUCGUCUCUGGAGACCAUGGAGGAGCUGACCAAGUUCUUGACAAUGGUGAUCUUCACCUGCUCAGCGCAACACGCUGCUGUCAACUCUGGCCAGGUGAGAGGCCACAUGUGCCGCAUUUUUCGCUCUAUAAGAUGCACUUGACCAUAAGACGCACCUAGAUUUAGAGGAGGAAAACAAGAGAAAAAAUAUUCUGAAUCAAAUGUUGUUGAAGAGGAAGGAGGAGCGAGGAUCAGGCUAAGGCUUCACAACAAGAGGCACUGCGCAGCUCUCCCUCUUGCUGUGCUGGCUUCAGCGAUAGCUGCAGAGCCUGCAUUCGCUCCAUAAGACGCACACACAUUUCCCCUUACUUUUUAGGAGGGGGAAGUGCGUCUUAUAGAGCGAAAUAUACGGUACCUUCCUGUCCUCAUCCACGCAACUGACUCCCCUCUUGCAUAGAUUUGGCCUCUUCUUGGGAAAAUGCAGAAGAUUCCUUUUGUCUCUUGAAAUACGUAUUAUAAUUUGUUAUAAGAAGAAACUUCUCCUUUUCCCCUUAUGGGGUACCCAAGAGCCCAUAGAGAGUCCUUAUGUAGGUUCUCUUUCGGUAGGAGAAAAUAACAGAGGCCAACCAGAGAAUAUUGAGAAGCAAAGCAGCUAGUAAGCCUGAUCUUUAUUCAAGGAAUUGUUGCAACAGGGUCCCCACGGACCCCACGCAGGGAAGGAGGAGAGGAACCCAGAACACUGGUGUGCAAGCCCUUAUAUAGACUUUUGAAAUUGCCCACCCUGUAGCCCAAGACCACCCCCCAAAACAACAUACAUACAUCACAGAAGGAGGUGGUCCCCAGCAGAAAUUUGAGUGUGUUGCUUCUCUCCUGUCUGCCAGCAUACCUGAUCAUUCCUUAUCUGAUUGCUUUUUCUGGGUAGCUUGACCAUUCCUUUGAGAUGGUAAAUACUUAGUUCCAGAAUCUCUUACUGAAAUAUACUCGGAGUCCUGUAGUGAUUUCAUGCUCUUUCUUGCAGCUUGUAAACAGUGAUUGAAUUGCCCCCCAAACCUCAGGCUUUUAUAUACAUUAUUCACACAAUGAGUCCCUUCUGAUUGGCUGAUUCUGCUUCCCUCCUGGAGCCUGAUUGGUCUUUUCCUGCAAGCCAAUCAGCUGUUGCAUUCUAGGAUCCUACUUGCCUAUUGUUCUAGGAUCCAAGCUUAGUACAUAACACCUACACAUAUUGAUAGUGUGCUCAGCUUAACAGAUACUUGCCAGGCUGUAUUUGAAAAGGGAUGUGUAAGCCCCUACAGUCCAAAAACAACUGGAAAGCUUUUCCCAUUUCCUUCCUCCUUGCAAGGAAAUAUUUGAGGUCAAUUUGGGAGACCCAAAAUGGCUCCAGGAUGCCACUUCAGACAUGUGGUUUAUAUACUUAUGUAUGUGUUAGCCUUGUACAUUUAUGAACAUUUAUUAUAUAUAUAUAAAGGUAAAGGGACCCCUGACCAUUAGGUCCGGUCGUUGCCGACUCUGGGGUUGUGGUGCUCAUCUCGCUUUACUGGCCGAGGGAGCCAGCGUACAGCUUCCGGGUCUUGUGGCCAGCAUGACUAAGCCGCUUCUGGCGAACCAGAGCAGCGCACGGAAAUGCCGUUUACCUUCCCGCUGGAGCAGUACCUAUUUAUCUACUUGCAUUUGACGUGCUUUCGAACUGCUAGGUUGGCAGGAGUAGGGACCAAACAACAGGAGCUCACCCUGUCGCGGGGAUUCGAACCGCCGACCUUCUGAUCGGCAAGCCCUAGGCUCUGUGGUUUAACCCACAGCGCCACCCGCGUCCCUAUUUUAUAUAUAAGAUCUUAGAAUUCCUAUAACAUCAGCUGGGAAGGGAGGCUUCACACUGCCUUUUGGAGCAGCCCCAUCCCAACUCCUACUUGCGUGCAAGCAGGAGAGGGCGGGGAUCCCUCAGCUGGGAAGGGAGGCUUCCCAUUGCCUAACUGAGAGAUCCCUGCCCCCUCCUGCUUGCACGCAAGCUCUGAUAGGCAGCGUGAAGCCUCCCUUCACAGCUGAGAGAUCCCCGCCUCUCUCCUGCUUGCACGCAAGUAGGAGUUGAGAGGCUGCUCCGAUAGGCAGCAUGAAGCCUCCCUUCACAGCUUAGUUGCUGGGGUCAGGGAAGGUGGAGGCAGCCCGGAAGCUGCAUCUGCAUUCGAAAGCACACCAGCGCAAGUAGAUCAAUAGGCACCGCUCCGGCGGGAAGGUACACGGCGUUUACGUGCGCUGCUCUGGUUCGCCAGAAGUGGCUCAGUCCUGCUGGCCACAUGACCCGGAAGCUGUAUGCCGGCUCCCUCGGCCAGUAAAGCGAGAUGAGCACCGCAACCCCAGAGUCGGCCACGACUGGACCUAAUGGUCAGGGGUCCCUUUACCACUGUAGAUGAAAUCCGGGGACAUUCCGGGGACGGAAUUUGUCCAGGGACUUAUUCGCGAAUCCGGGGACUGUCCCCGGGAAACGGGGACGUCUGGUAGCCCUGAUUUAACUUGGUCCUUUGCUUGCCCACAGUAUGACUAUGGCGCAUGGAUCCCCAACAGCCCGCCCUCCAUGAGAAGACCCCCACCCACCAAGAAGGGCACAGAGACCUUGGAGACCGUCUUGGAGACCCUCCCUAAGGUCAACACCACCUGCAUCGCCCUCUGCUCCCUCUGGUUGCUAAGCAACGAGGCAGGAGACACGGUAAGGAUUUGGAGGGAAGGAAGGACUCGGUUAGGUACCAGAUUUUCUGUGUCAAGAAACUUAGGGCCAGAUCUCCCUUCCAGUUCCUUGCCAGCAAUAUUCUAGCUGCGGCCGUGGCGUAUAAAAAUAACCUUUUCUUAUCUUGUGGGCUGUCCCCCACAAAGGAGGAUUGGAUAAACAAAUUAAGUGAUUUUAUAGGAUUGGCCAAAUUAACAGCAGCCGUAACCAGAAUUUGAGGAAGGAAUGGCAAUGUUUUGAGGAUUAUAUGAAAAAACACUGCUCCAAAGGUAAUGUGUUGAUAUGCCUAGAUUAAGUAUGUAAAGACGAAUCAAUCUAAAACGAAAAUUAACAAUGGAUAGAUAAUGAUUAGUAUGAAGACACAAUGUAAAACAGACAUUAUUGUUUUAAGGAUGUAAAGUUGAGGUGGAGGGAAGCCACACAGGUGUAUAAUUUUUAUUAUUUGAUGAAUACAGGUUUUGAAUUGGUAAAUUUGUAAUUGUAAGAUUAUGUAUUUGUAGUUUUUUGUUUUGUUUGUGUUUUUUCAUGAUAAUAAAAACUUAAUAAUAAUGAUAACAAAAAGAAACUUAGGGCCAGAUACACACCAUAUAUUGAAAGCACAUUCAAUGCACCUUUAAAGCACAUGACUUCCCCCAGAUGAUACAGAAAACUGUAGUUUGUUAAGGGUGCUGGGAGUUGUAGCUCUGUGAGGGGAAAGCUCCAUUUCCCAAGAUUAUUUGAGGGAAGUCAUGUGCUUUAAAUGUUAGUCAAAUGUGUUCUGAAUACAGUCGUACCUUGGAAGUUGAAUGGAAUCCGUUCCGGAAGUCCGUUCAACUUACAAAAUAUUCGGAAACCAAAGCGCAGCUUCUGAUUGGCUGCAGGAAGCUCCUGCAGCCAAUCGGAAGCCGCAGAAGCCCCAUCGGACAUUUGGCUUCCAAAAAUAGUUCACAGACCAGAACACUCACUUCCAGGUUUGCGACGUCCGGGAGCCAAAAUGUUCGAGAACUAAGCUGUUUGACUUCCAAGGUAUAUGUUGUGGAUCUGCCCUUAGCGCUCCGUGUUUAUAUCUAAACUCUUGAAUUUCAGCCUCAAAAUGGAAUUUUUGCAAAAUUAUUAGUCUAAAAAAACAAUUUCUUCUUUGGAUUCUAAUAAAUCCCACAAAGAAAAGGUACACAAGAGAAAAAAUGGAUGAGAACCACAAACAUUAAAAUGCCUGUUUCAAAACUCCGUGAAGAAUAAUAUCAGGCAAUACUAUCGAAACUCUUAUUUUCCGCACAAUCAUUAUACAAUUGUUAAUUAAAAUGAAUUAUUGUGGGGAGAAUAAGGGUUUCAACAGUAUGUCUGAUGAUUGCUUUAAAUUAAGGUCCCUUACAAAUUUGAAUAAUAGGAUUGAUAACUUUCAGAUCUUACGAAGUCAUAAAACACUCAAAUCAUUAACUCAAAGACACAAAUCUAAAUAUUUCUUAUUAGCUUACAUUGGGGGACUGCAUUUAAGUACAGGAGGGAAACCUGUGGCCCUCCAGAUGUUGUUAAACUCCAACUUCCAUCAGCUCCCAACCAGCAUAGGCAGUGAUCAUGGAUGAUGGGAGUUGUAGUCAAGCAAUAUCCGAUGAACCACCAGCUCAACAUCCCUGCAUUCCAGCAGUCUACAUUUGGCCUAGUAUUGCCAUUAAAAAACCAGACGAGGACAAAAACUUGACUUUGUUGUGAAUAUUUCCAAAUGUGGGGGUGUCCAAGGAGUUUUACAUUUGUGUUUUAGGAUUACGAAUGUGAAAAGUUCACUGCAAUUUAAAUGGGAGUUUGAGGCACGGUCUUCACCACUGAUUUCUCCCGAAUCUUUUCCAGAGACCUUUGGGCCACUAUCCCGAUGAACAUUUCACUGAGGACGAGCCAAAGCGGCUCAUUGUGGACUUCCAGAACGACCUGGCUAAGAUUUCUGAGGAAAUCAACGAGAGGAACAAGUCGUUACCCCUCCCCUACAACUACUUGAACCCGCCUCAGAUCGAGAACAGCAUCUCGAUUUAGGUCUCGGGCGUGGUUAGCAAUGUCAGCCUGACCUGCGUUACAAAGUCGGUCCGUCUUGUAACAACGCUAAGCUAUAUUACGAGUUGAUUCCUCUCAAAAGUUCUUCUCCGGCUCAGAAUGUAAAACGAGACACUGCAAGAUCCCCUGUCUUCUGUAUGUAGUGCACUAGGCAUGUAGAUGUUCGUCAGUGUUUAAGAUUUUUCCUCCCAUCGAACUCCUCUCUGGCUAAUGUGAAGUUACAUAAACUGAAAGGCACCUUCAGACUUUUUUUAACGGUAAUUUUCGUUGAGACCCUCUUGUUGAUUCUGUGAACUAAGGCUGCAUCCACACCCCAUAAAUCUAAUGGAACUUACAAUCUUUACAUUUAUAGGAUUGCUUGCAAGUGAUCGUAGAGUGCCCUCUCUAUUCAAUCGAUUGCUUGCUACCAAUGUGCCUACUGCUCCCUGUUCAUGUCUAGAAAACCCUCUUUACCUAUUCCAAGGUAACUGACCAAAUAGUGAUCUCUUUGGCAUCUGAAGAGAGGGCGUUCCACAGGGUGGGCGCCACCACCAAGAAGGCCCUCUGCCUGGUUCCCUGCAACCUCACUUCUCGCACACUGACCAUUAGGUCCAGUCGUGACCGACUCUGGGGUUGCGGCGCUCAUCUUGCUUUAUUGGCCGAGGGAGCCGGCGUACAGCUUCCGGGUCAUGUGACCAGCAUGACUAAGCUGCUUCUGGCGAACCAGAGCAGCACACGGAAACGCCAUUUACCUUCCCGUUGGAAGUAUUUAUCUACUUGCACUUUUGACGUGCUUUCGAUCUGCUAGGUUGGCAGGAGCAGGGACCGAGCAACGGGAGCUCACCCCGUCGUGGGGAUUCAAACCGCCAACCUUCUGAUCAGCAAGUCCUAGGCUCUGUGGUUUAACCCACAGCGCCACCCGCGUACCGACAGUUUGGGGAGGAGGGGCAAUUAAAAUGUGCAAGGGGCUUUGUCCUGUGCCUGAUGCCGGGAACUACAAUUCUUAGUGGAGACAAUACAAAAAGGCACAUUCAUGUCUGUUCCAGCAUCAUAACUUAGGGGAGAACUUUCAGACAGCAAAUGAGCUUUACCCCAGAAGUCCUCCAAGAAAGCUGUUAAAUGCCAAACUGAGCCGAGCCGAUUCUGCCAUGAGUUGGGGAUAGUCGUCCUGGCUGUGAAUGCUUAAACGACUGUAGGAAGAAGGCCCAUCAAGAGCAAGUCAUUGUAGACCAGGGGUCAGCAAAGUUUUUGUGGCUUGGGCCUGUUCACGGUCCCACAGAUGCUGUAGUGGGCCGGAGUGCGCAUGUGCAAACACGAUUUCCAGCGCUCCUUCCAGUGUGGCAGGGGUCCAUGGGCCUUAGGUUGCCAAUCCCUGUUGUAAGACAGUCCACCAGAGCAUAGCUGUCAACCGUCCCUUAUUUGGCGGGAAACUCCCUUAUCCCAGCGCCGUGUCCUGCUGCUGUUCCUUAUUGAUGAUGUCCCUUAAAUUUCCCGGGUUUCAUGCUCGCCCGGCUCGGGAGGGAAGCAGCAGCUCGAGGUCCUCUGCUGCGAGAGAGAGAGCGCGCUGGCGCCAUCGUUCUGGCGCAAGGAGUUCUAUCGGCCCUUCCCCACCCGAGAGAGGGGGGGAGGGAGAGAGAGACUCUCGCCCACGCCGCCCGCGAGCCCGGAGGCGGCAGCUGUGGUGGCAGCUGAGGAGGCGGCUUGAGGGAGGAAGAAGAGGAGGGGAUGGGGAGGAACACAGAAGGGCAGCCGCCGCCGCGGCGCAACCGCCUCAUGCCGGAUUGACAGCAUCUGUCAAUCCUACCAAUGUAUGUAACUUUACAAUAGCAAAAUCCCUUAUUUGGGCUGCUGAUCCCUUAUUUUUGAGGCUGCUGGUCCCUUAUUUUCAAAUCUGUAUGUUGACAGCUAUGCACCAGAGCAGCACACUCCCUUUCCUCUCAGAUUUUCAGGCACCUGACUACUGGCCACGAUGGCUAUGCUCUGCUUCCACAGUAACUCUUCUGAAUACCAGUUGCUGGAAACCACAGGAGGGGCAAGUAUUGCGUGGUGAGUUCCCGCCUCCCCCCGGUAGAACCGGAGCAGCUGAGCGGCAAAAGAGGGAGAUCCCCGGCCGCGCCUGCAUUAUAUAGUGCAAGCCACACCCCCUAGGCCAGCCGAUUGGCUGGCCAAGGGAUGACGCGGCCGAGGAUUCCCUCAAUCGUGCGGAGGCUGAGAGCCAGCCCCUGCGCACAUGGUGGGGGCGUGAAACCUGCAACACCACCUCCUUUCUAGGUCGGAAGUGGCUUUAUUGUGUUCGAAUCCUGCUUUCGGGUUUUCCAGAGGCCUCUGGGUGGCUCCUGUGAGAAUAGGUUGCUGGACCAAACUGGGGCAUCAGGCUGAUCCCACAAGGCUCUUCUUAUGUUCUUAACGUACAAUCAGUUGGCCUCAAUGUUAACUUUCACAGGCUCUUCAAAUAGCCCAGUUGGUUAGAGCGUGGUGCUGAUAACGCCAAGGUUGCAGGUUCGAUUCCCCAUAAGGGACAGCUGCAUAUUCCUGCAUCUGCAGGGGGUUGGUCUAGAUGAUCCACAGGGUCCCUUCCAACUCUGAUCUAUGAUUCUAUGAUAUGUGACUCAAUAAAUAAAAUAAGUGUAC